AUGCCCGGCCUGGUCAGCGAUGCCACUCGCAUCUGGGAGCUGAACAUCUAUUGGGCUCUGCACUCCCAAUGCGGGAUUUGGGAUCCAAAGGGCAAGGGCGUUGACAUCUGGGAAUGCAUCCGUCCCCAUAAUUCAACGUCAGGCACACAACCACCAAAUAGCACGUACUGGCGCUAUAUCACUCGCCGAUAG